CGGUUAUUCUUUCACAUGUCACAUUUGCUCCCAGGUUGGUGAACAGCUGUCUUUUGAUUUUGAAAAGUAUUUAUGUUGGGCGGGUUCCGUGUGUUUGUUUAAUAACUAAAUGUUCUACAUUCGGGGUUAUUAAAAAUCAAGCAAGAAACGCUCAUUUUAAAAUUGGUGUGCUUUCAUUAUGGGGAAGAGAACAUGUUUUCUUUGUCGUGUAGAAACAAAACCUUUGUUCGAAUUUCCAUCCGAUUUCGAAACACGCGCAAAAUGGUUUAAAGCUAUUGAACACCUCUGUGAUACCUCAACAAUAACAGAUUAUUCAAAAUUAUGUUUCAAUCAUUUUGAAGAAAGUUGUUUCAGGAGAGGUGAGACGAGAGCUUUUCUAAUUAGGAAAGCCGUUCCCACAAUUUUUGAUGGACCAAACAUGCCUUGGCACCAUGACAAUAUUGACAUGAUAAAAUGUUGCAGAGAAACAGACAAAAUUUGUCAGGAUUCUGAGAAAGAUCCAAGUUCCGUGGAACCCGUUUUUUUGAAAACAAACGAAUUAUUGGACCUGCAAGGAGAUCAAGAUGAAAACGAUAGCACACUUUCAAAUGAUUUUCUAGAAAAGCCUUAUUUCAGAUCAGUCAAAACUUUUAUGCAAGGUUCUCGGGCAGUUUCCGAUGUAUGUCGGAUUUGUUUCCGUUCUUCGAGUAACGAAGAUGCUAUCAAAUUGUAUGAAAAAACAUUGAAGCAUGAUGUCGCUUAUAUCGAAAAUAUGUUAAAGUCAGUGCUACCUAAUCUAGACCUGAAUGUUUAUGCCCAUAACACGAUUUGUGCAAGGUGUUUCGAGUUUUUAGAUUACAGUUAUCGUUUGAAAAACGACUGGUUAUUGACGGAACAAAAAUUACAAAAAAUACUAAAAACAAAGAGACGAAAAUUGAAUUGUAUGGUAGACGUAGUUAUUCUAAUGGAAGAUGAAGAGCAAAACGUUGCAAAUGUUGCUCAUGAUCACUCUUACGAUCUAAAAGUUGAGAAUCAAAUGCAAUCUGAAAAAGACAUAAUUGAAGAGGACAUAAUUUCCGAGGAUGAAAAAUCAACAAAAAAAGAAGGGAAACGAUUAAGAAAAAAAGAAGGGAAACAUUCAUCGUGGGGUUUAGGCCCUUACAUGUGUGAAAUCUGCGGUUGUACAUACACACAUCUGAAAUCAUUUCAACGGCAUAUCAGGACUCAAAAAUGCCAAAAUGUUGUAAAAGAAAAAUUACCUCCUAAAGAAAAAUCAAGGGUUAUGUGUGAACAGUGCGGUCAUUUAUCACGCGAUAUUCAGUGUCUCAACAAACAUUUACAAACACAUGGAGAACAUGUUUGUGUCUUGUGUAAAAAACACUUCGCGAAUAAGCCUUUACUGCUUAGACAUAUUUCUAUAACUCAUGUGGGAGUGUUGAAUUGGCAGUGUCACUUCUGUGGGAAAAGAUUUGCUUCGCGUAAAGUUUUGAAUGAACAUAUGUUAUAUCAUAACCCAAAGAUUCCUUGUGAAACAUGUGGCAAAAAAUUUGCCACACGUGUUGUCAUGAAGAUACAUGCUCGCACACACCUUAAAAAGGUAUUCAAUUGCCAGCAGUGUGAAAAAAUAUUCAAGUACAAAAUCUCACUGGAUAACCAUAUGAAGACGUUCCAUAAAACACAACGAAACGUUGUUUGCGAAUUUUGUGGUAAAGAAUAUACUAAGAAGGUUGAAUUAAGGAAACACAAGUUAUGGAUUCAUGGUUACAUUGACCAGAAAAGUGGGAAAACAAGUUAAUAGUUUUGUGCAUAUUAAUAAAAAAAAAUAAAAAACACAAGCAAAGAG